AUGAUGAAACAAGUGAUAGAUUUUUCAAAAACAUUCAAUAAUGGUGAUAUGGUGUUGUGUUAUUUCUCGGGUCAUGCUCUACAAUUUGAUGGAAACAAUUAUCUCAUACCUACGAAUGAUACUACAAUAAACAAUGAUGAAGAUAUUGAAGUGUUUGGUGUGAAUGUGAAACGAAUCCUCGAUAGAUUAAUCGAAAACAAACCAGAUUGUGCAUUGAUACUAGUUUUGGAUUGUUGCAGACCGUAUACACUGAACCGAGUAACAGGCAGAGCUCCUUUACCGGAUAUUCCAUUAAACGCCGUAUGGAGGUCUAAUGCUCACACUGUAGUUGGUGAUUGUCAUUCAGGUUCUACAGUGGAUCGACUUCGUUCUCCACAGGGUAUUACAAUAUCGGAAAACCAAUCACUUUUGAUUGCUGAUAGUUCAAAUCAUCGUAUUAUGAAAUAUAAUUUACGUACUGGAGUAAUUCAACGAAUAGCAGGUAAAAAUAUGGAAGGGUAUGGACCUGAUCUACUGGCUAAGCCGUCAAAUGUAAUUUGCCACCCCCAAACGAAAAGUUUUAUCAUUUGUGAUUCUCAUAAUCGACAAGUAUUACAAUGGUUUCCUAGAAGUACGCGAUGUGCAAGAACACUCAUAGAGAAUAUUGCAUGUUUCGGAGUAGGAACUGAUAUUCGUGGAGAUCUUUACAUUUCUGAUACUGAACAGCACGAAGUGAGACGAUAUAGAAUGGGUGCCAAGCAUGGAAAAGUAGUAGCUGGUGGCAAUGGACAAGGUAGUCGUCUCAAACAACUCAAUCAUCCGACAUAUAUUUGUAUUGGAGAUGAUUACUCCGUCUAUGUAUCGGAUUCCUGGAAUAAUCGUGUAAUGGAAUGGAAGAGAAAUGCAAAAGAAGGCAUUAUUGUAGCUGGUGGUCAAGGAAGAGGAAAAAAUCAAAGACAAUUGGAUUAUCCUGCAGGAGUACUGGUCGAUCAGCUAGGUACGAUUUAUGUAGCCGAUCAUUGGAACCAUCGAAUCAUGCGCUGGCGCAAAAAUGAAGAACCCGAUAUUAUCGCCGGCGAUCGUUUCCGUCCAGGAGAUGAUGCACAUCAACUAACCUGCCCUGAAAGUUUAGCAUUCGAUCACGAAGGCAACCUUUAUGUAGCCGAUUCAAACAAUCAUCGUAUCCAACGAUUUAGAAUUAAAACACCUUAA